UAAAAUUGUAUAUUUAAAAUUAUAUAAUAAUAUCAAAAUUAAAUAUUUAUAAAAUAAAAAUAUACCUGCACGAUGUGCGGGAUAAACUCUAGUUAUCAAUAUACGAGGUGAUACAGAAUUUUAAAAAUGCUGUGUGGAAAGCUUGUAACUUGCAAGGGAAUGAGUUGGGUGAAAAACGAAAACUUUAAGCAGAGGACAAGCAAAAAAAAAGGCUGUGUACAUGUUUUUUUUGUCCAAGAAAAAAAAUAACAUGAGUUGAGCUUUGACUUGUUUUACCGAGUUACUUGUCACCAAUAUUUUUAAACCCGACCCGGACACUGAACCAGAUAAUUUACUGGGUCGAUGGGUCACUGGAUCGACCGCGGCUUAAUAAAUAAAUUAAUUUUAUUAUAUAAUAAUAUAUUAGCUAUGUAAAUAAAAAUAUAGAAACUAAAGUUUAAUAUUUUCUAAAUAUUUUUAUAAACAUAAAAUAAUAGUUUGGAUAUGUAUAUUUUUAUGUUUAAUAACAUUUAGAAAAUACUUAACUUUAAUUUCUAUAUUUUUUAUUUUCAUUUGAUAUACAAAAUAUCAAAAAAUAGUUUAGACUAUUAUAAUUUUGUCUAACAAGGUAAGAGUUAUGACAUCUAAAAAAAUCAAGACAUAAAAUUUAUAAAUAUUUAAAUGUUUAAUGUGAAUAAUAAAUUAAUUUUCAAAUCCAAAAUAAACCAAAAGUAAAAAAGAUCAUUAUAAUAAAUUAUCAAUAACGGAAAUAAAGUAACACCAUAUCACAUCAACUAGUUUUGGUUCUCUUUACUAGGAGUGGGCGUUUGGGUACCCGUUCGGGUUUGGGACGUUUCUUUAACUGAGUCCAUAUUGAUUGAUUAGUAAGAGGGUUUCAAACCAGGAAUCUAGAUUCCUUGUGAGAGGCGCAUAACAACAAGCCGUCGCAGUGAAAGACUUGAUAUAUAUGGAAUCGAUAUGAGUUAUUGUGAUGCGGAUCGAGUAGGCCAACCUCACGUUUACGUUUUACAGAUGGAGUUCCAUUGAGAUGGAUGAUGCUCAUUGGAAGAAUUGUGAAUGAGUUGGACAGCAGCAUGAGAACCAUAAACUGCUUUGGGGCUUUAUCAAAGUGCUUUCUUAUGAUUCUUUUGUCGUUGAAUAAACGGUUUCAUCCUUUGCAAGUAGAUCGUAGUUGCUUCACUGAUGAGGCUGGUACACGACAGAGUAUCUCCUCUAUCAAAUCUUCUGGAAGUUCCAACAUCUUCAUCGUGGUCCACAAGGAACAGCUGCAGUUACAAUUUAGGGUUUUAAAGGAGACCAACUCUUACUUUUUUUUUUCCUUUUAUAUUUUUAACUACCUUUUCCUGUAUACUUUUUUUUCAAAGAAACUUCCGAUUAAUUUGGUUUAUUUCUGUAUCAUUGUUAAUUUUUAUUUUCUAAAAUUUAUCUUAUCCGAUAAAUAGAAAUAGACCGACUAUCUGUUUAAUUGACACAUGUUUUAUCAUAUGAUCACCCUCAACAUUUGUGGUAAGCUAGCUAAGCUGUUAAGUUUUGUAUAACGUUUUGAUGAAUCUAUAGAACAUUUUUCGCAUUGUAUAUGAAUCACUGAACUAGAAAAAAUUUAAAUUUGAUGCAUACAUAAUAUCAUCAUCUUCAGACAUGUGUUAGUUAGUAGCUCUGUAAGGAAACAUAAAACUGUUUUGUAAAAUUAAAACACAUCUAAAGAUACCACUUGUUUAUGAAAUAUCAGCUCAAAAGAUUAUUCGAAGGACAUGACCCCCAAGUUAAAUUAAAGAAAAACACACACCAACCAAAAAAAAUGAAAAGAGAGAUUGCAUGUAGCUUAUUUAGUCACCUCCUUUUCUUUUGCCUAUAUCCUUCCAAUCAGUAAAACUCAAACCUCAUAUUGAUGCUAAAAAUAAGAAAAUCAACAAUAUUAGAAACCUUCAACGUUGUUUUCUAUAGCCUUUGAAGCAUUCCCCUAUUCAAUCUCUCCAUCAAAAAACAUAGAAACAAUCCGAUCAUUUGUUUCUGCUUCUUCAACAAAGAUACGUCACGAUGCUUCCUUUCUUCUUCUUCCUCUUGUUAUCGUUCUCAAUCUCUCAAGCUCUCCCUCCUCCUCGAGGUUUUUACUUAAACUGUGGAUCACCUUCCACAACCAAACUCAACGACAUAAACUACACAUCGGACAGAGGAUUCAUCAACGUAGGAAACACGACGACAAUAAAACAAAAGGACCUUCUUCCAAUCCUCUCAACACUGCGUUACUUCCCAGACAAGUCAUCACGAAAACACUGUUACAACUUCCCCGUCGCCAGGAACUCAAAGUACCUUAUCCGAACCACUUACUACUACGGAAACUUCGACGGAAAAAACAGCCCGCCGGUGUUCGACCAGAUCAUUGGAGGUACAAAAUGGAGCGUUGUGAAUACAUCUGAGGAUUACUCCAAGGGUCAGAGUUCUUAUUACGAGAUCGUUGUUGGUGUUCCCGGGAGGACACUAAGUGUUUGUCUAGCCAAGAACGCAAAUACACUUUCCUCACCUUUUAUAUCGGCUUUAGAUGUGCAAUCUCUUGAGGAUACAAUGUAUAAUUCAACUGAUCUUGGGUUAUACAAGCUCAGCCUCAUCGCUAGGAACAGCUUUGGAGUAGAUGGAGAGAUGAUUAGCUAUCCAGAUGAUAAAUACAACCGUCUAUGGCAACCGUUCUCUGACAAGAAACAUCAGUCAGUGACUUCUCAAAGCAGUGUUAACCCAUCAGACUUCUGGAACAUUCCACCGGCUAAAGCUUUUGUGGAAGGCUUCACAGUGACUAAAGGGAAGGCUCUAGAGCUUAAAUGGCCGCCGUUUCCUCUUCCGGCCACAAAGUACUAUAUAGCUCUGUAUUUUCAGGAUGAUAGGAGUCCAAGCCCCUUGAGCUGGAGAGCCUUUGGUGCAUCAAUCAAUGGAGCUACCUUUUCAAGAAAACUCAAUGUGAGCACCAAUGGGGUUAUGGUUUACUCAGGUCAGUGGCCAUUGUCAGGUCAGACUACGAUCACGUUGACUACUGCUAAAGGUUCACCGAUGGGAGCAGUGAUCAAUGCUGGAGAAGUGUUUCAGGUUAUUCCCAUAGGUGGAGCCACUAAUAUAAGCGAUGUAACUGCGUUGGAAGAUUUGUUAGAGAGUAUCGACGAGCCUCCUGUAGAUUGGUCCGGUGAUCCAUGCCUUCCUCUUGCCAACUCGUGGACUGGUGUAACUUGCUCCAAAGAAAAAAUCACCAAAGUGAUUUCUCUGAAUCUGACAAAUCGUGGACUAGCGGGCUCUCUACCACCAAGCAUUAGCAACAUGACUGCACUUAAAGAUCUAUGGUUAGGGAAGAACAACCUCACAGGACCGAUACCAGAUUUGAGUCCACUGACGAGAUUAGAAACUCUACAUUUAGAGGACAACCAGUUCAAUGGAUCGAUUCCAGAGUCACUUGCACAGCUCCCUAAUCUCCGCAUACUGUCCAUCAAGAACAACAAGCUUCAAGGUACAAUUCCUAGUGCACUCCUCCAGAGAAAGGGCCUAACUAUUCAGGCGUCUCCUGAGAACAUGCCAAGCACAAACAACACCGGGCCGAGUUAGAGUUGCUAACACUGAUAAGAUUCAAGUGCUCAUUAGUGAUAGAUCAGGGGACCUGUAAACGACAGGGUCAUUUGUCUUGGCCUCUAAAAUUGAAGUACACAGAUCUCAUGGAAGAAGGUUUAAAUCAAGGAAGCAUUUGGGCCAUGACAGUUCUACUUCUAAAUAACUGUAUUUAUUCCUUUUUAGUUCACGGAAACCAUUUGUAUAUAUUAUUGAACCACUGUUGACCUGUAGAGUAAUUUGAAGUAAGAGAUUGUAUUUUACCGCUUUAUAUUCUCUCUGUGGAAAACUGAAACAACCUAAACACAAAGAAGAGUUCCUAGAGUUUAUGGUUGCUCAAGACCUGAUACAUAUAGAACAGUAGUUUCCUAUUUGGGUAGUAUUGAUAAAAAGAAGAAGCCAUUAUCCGAACAAGAAUCAGUAGUCUCUGUCUGUCUAUACCUCCAAUCAGCUUGUUUGGGCCAAACAUCCCAAAGAAGCAACUUCAA